CUCGUUAAUAUUUUUUCAAAAAAUUUGAUCAUUUUCAACUGUUUAACUGUUUAUUGAUUUAUAUUUGUGAUUUUACAUAAUUAACAACGAAAAUGCCGUCGAAAACAUUGAAAGCCCCUGCUAUUGGUAUCGAUUUGGGUACCACAUAUUCAUGUGUUGGUGUAUUCCAGAAUGGUUCCGUCGAGAUAAUAGCCAAUGAUCAAGGCAACCGAACAACACCCAGCUAUGUUGCCUUCAAUGAUACUGAACGUUUAAUUGGUGAUGCUGCCAAGAAUCAAGUUUCCAUGAAUCCAACUAAUACCAUAUUCGAUGCUAAACGUCUGAUUGGUCGUCGAUUUGAUGAAUCAUCAGUGAAAUCAGAUAUGAAACAUUGGCCAUUCAAAGUUGUAAGCGAAUCUGGAAAGCCAAAGCUCGAAGUCGAAUUUAAAGGCGAACGAAAACGAUUCUGGCCUGAAGAAAUCUCUGCUAUGGUCUUGACUAAGAUGAAGGAAACGGCUGAAGCUUAUCUUGGACAGAAAGUUACUGAUGUUGUGAUCACUGUUCCAGCUUACUUCAACGAUUCCCAACGACAAGCGACCAAAGAUGCUGGAGUGAUUGCUGGAUUGAACGUAUUGCGAAUCAUCAACGAACCUACUGCCGCAGCUAUCGCCUAUGGGCUGGAUAAAAAAGGUGGUGGUGAAAAAAAUGUUCUCAUCUUUGAUCUUGGUGGUGGAACAUUUGAUGUCUCGGUAUUGACCAUCGACAAUGGUAUCUUCGAAGUCAAAUCAACUGCUGGCGAUACUCAUCUUGGCGGUGAAGACUUUGAUAAUCGCUUGGUGAACCAUUUUGUUCAAGAAUUCAAACGAAAAUUCGGCAAAGACAUCAUGUCGAACAAACGAGCCUUGCGACGUCUUCGAACAUCAUGUGAACGUGCUAAACGAACAUUGUCAUCAUCAACUCAAACCUCGAUCGAAAUUGAUUCAUUACAUGAAGGAAUCGAUUUCUACUCAACAAUUACCCGAGCCAGAUUUGAAGAACUUUGCUCUGACUUGUUCCGAUCAACAUUAGAACCUGUUGAAAAAGCUCUUCGAGAUGCUAAAUUAGACAAAUCCAAGAUUGACGAAAUUGUUUUGGUUGGUGGUUCCACUCGAAUUCCCAAAAUCCAGAAAUUAUUAUCAGAUUUCUUCAAUGGCAAAGAACUAAACAAAUCCAUCAACCCGGAUGAAGCUGUCGCUUAUGGUGCUGCUGUCCAAGCUGCUAUAUUGACUGGAGAUAAUUCGAAUAAUGUCAAAGAUUUGUUAUUGCUUGAUGUGGCACCAUUAUCAUUGGGUAUUGAAACUGCCGGUGGAGUUAUGACUACUUUGAUCAAGCGAAACACUACCAUACCUACCAAACAAACGCAAACAUUCACCACCUAUGCUGAUAAUCAACCUGCUGUCACGAUCCAAGUUUAUGAAGGAGAACGAGCAAUGACCAAAGAUAACAACCGCCUUGGUACAUUUGAUUUGACUGGUAUUCCGCCUGCACCAAGAGGUGUUCCACAAAUUGAAGUCACCUUUGAUGUUGAUGCAAACGGUAUAUUGAAUGUGUCGGCAGUUGACAAGAGCACAGGUCGACAAAACAAGAUUACCAUCACUAAUGAUAAAGGUCGUUUGUCGAAAGCUGAUAUCGAAAAAAUGGUUCAAGAAGCAGAACAAUAUCGUGAAGAUGAUGAGCGACAACGUGAACGUAUUGCUGCUAAAAACCAAUUGGAAGCUUAUGCAUUCCAAUUGAAAUCGACAAUGGAAGAAGAAGCGGUCAAAUCGAAACUGUCCGAAGAAGAUCGAAAAACCGUCUUGAACAAAGUUGAUGAAACCUUACGAUGGCUGGAUUCAAAUCAAUUGGCCGAUAAAGAAGAAUUUGAACAUCGACAAAAAGAAAUAGAAAAUGCCUGUCGACCAAUCAUGAUGAAAAUCUACCAGCAACAACAACAACAACAUCAUCCUGGUGCAAAUGGAUCUUGUGGCAGUAAUGCAUAUCCUGGCUACAAUGGAUUCAAAUCAAACAAUGAUGGACCAGUAGUCGAAGAAGUGAAUUAAAUUUAUCCAUUAGAAUAAAAAUAGAUAUCGACAUAAUCAA